UGUUUGUUUACGUCUGGCAGCACCAGCCACCAGUAUGAACAUGUCGUACAGUAAGCCGACGGCCGGCAGCGUCAACAUCAGCUGUGACGCUCACGGCAUCUACCCUCAACCUGACCUGAGACUGUAUCAGGGAGCCUCCAAGCGGACCAGAGCAGCAGUGAGCGAGGCGGAGGUGGAGGUGGUGGAGGGAGAGGACGGGUUCAGCAUCUACCUGGAGGCUGUACUGGAGGACCGCUCCCUCCGCCACGAGACCAUCUUUGAGUGUGUACUCUUUAUCCCCGAGACCGAGUACCAGGUGCGUCGCAAGAUCAUCUACUUCCCAGGUUACGGUGCUUAUGGUGGCUAUGGAGGAGCGAGGGUAGGAAGUGAAUCACCUCACCUCCUGCUGACGGUGUUACUGCUGACACUCCUGCUGCCAUUUGCUGACACGGGCCUCCUUACCUUCACCUAGAACUCCAGCGACCUCCAGCACUACACACCUCUCCACCACCUCCAGCGACCUCCAGCACUACACACCUCUCCACCACCUCCAGCGACCUCCAGCACUA